UAAACCUUUUUUUUUUUUUCCUUACAAACAUCUCUUUAUGAUCUGUUACUGAGCAACUGGAGAAAUCAUUUGAUUGGCUGAAAAGUUUUAACUAUUCUUUGGACUGUUACCCCUUUUUUCCCAUUUUUUUUUCUUCCUUUAAAAAUAAUGGCUACAUACAAGGAAGAAAGUGUCCGAUUGCAAAUACCUAAAUUAGCUCAAGACUUGAUUGCUGGAACUUGUGGCGGUUGGGCACAGGUUAUUGUUGGCCAUCCUUUUGAUACCCUUAAAGUCAGGUUACAGACACAGCCUUCUCCCCCUAUUUAUAAAAAUGCUGUAGACUGUUUCCGACAAUUAGUUCAAUCUGAAGGUCCCAAAGGCUUAUAUCGUGGUGUUGCCUCUCCACUUGCUGGUAUUGGUUUAUGUAACGCAGUUGUUUUCAUGUGCAACGGCGAGUUUAGAAGAAUGCUUCAAGGAGGAGACGCAAAUAAAGUGCUGUCUUUGGCUGAGAUCGGUAUAGCAGGCUCUAUGGCAGGAACAGUCAUGGCCUUUUUCAACUGUCCUAUUGAGCUAUUAAAGGUCAAACUUCAGACACAGGAUCCUGCUGGUAUCAUUGGUGCUAAUGGAAAACUUGAGCCUCCUUAUAAAGGUGUUAUUGAUUGUGGUAUUCGUACUGUGCGUGCUCAAGGACCAUUAGGUAUCUACAGAGGAAUAGGAAUUACAUUGCUAAGAGAUUGUCCAAGCUACGGUUUAUACUUUAUCACAUACGAAGGAUUGAAACGCACCUUCCAGUACAUGAAGGGUCCUGAUCAGACUCUAUCUACUUUUGAUCUGUUGAUGGCUGGUGGUUUAUCUGGAUUUGGUGCUUGGAUUCCCGCAUAUCCUCAAGACGUCAUCAAGAGUCGAAUGCAAAAUGAUCCUAGAAUCAAAUCCUCGGCUGCCGCAUUCCGUGCACUGGUAAGAGAAGCAGGAUAUAAGGCAUUUUUCAAUGGUGUCGGCCCAACCAUGGCAAGAGCUUUUCCUGCUAAUGCUGCUACCUUCUUUGCCUACGAGCUGGCUAUGAAGGCAAUGAACUAAAUAAAACCAUUAUAGACUGUAUAUAUAAUAAUAUAUAUUAAGCAAAAAUUGUUGUC